GCAGAAAUCAGAUAAAAUCCACUUAAAAUUUCAUUACCUUUAACUACAGAAGCAGUUUUAUAUGUGAAUCUAUCUUUUCUUGAGGAAUAUUAUGUUUGAUAGUAAUUUUUGUUGUGAUAUGUCCAGUUUAUUGAGGGGUCAUGACUUGCAGAAAAUACCAAUUCUAUUUUUUGAUGGAUAUUUAAGAUCAUUUCUGGAAUAACAUUGGAAUUCAGUUUCACAGUUAAAGGGUUAACAUUAUGGUUUUUCUUGUUCUUCUUUCUCUUUUCUUUUUUUCCAAUAUUUAGUUCCAUCCACUAUGUUCAAGAAAAGUCCUGUGGCCUAGUGGUUAAGGUGUUGUACUCAUGGCUCCCAGAUCACAGUUUCAAUUCCUGGACCAGGUAAUGAAACUUCUAGAGAAACUCAUACAAAGGGCUGACCAUCUGUUGCGACUGUUGUUGUUUCUGCACGUUUUUUGCACCAUUUGUCAACAGGCUGCAAUUUCACAAUCCAACAUGGUUCGAAAUGUAACUUACAGAAAGAUUCCCACCAAGAAUUUCAGACGUUCCUUUGGCAUCAAUGGAAGCCGUCAUCGUCAAGAGAGGAGGGUGCGCAGUGUUAUUGAGUGCAGCGUAUUUUGCAUGGAAUCACCGAGUUGCACCUUUUUCACCUUUUGGAGGAAGAGGAAAUGUGAGAGGUUCUCCGAUUGGCAAAUGAUUACCACCUCGUCUUCAUGGAAAGAUGUUUCCUACAUACAGACUUACGACUCUUCGUGGUAUAAAGCCUUCUCAUUCAACACCAAUUCCAUGUCUAGCCCUGCUGAUGUAUUCUUUGGCAAACAUAAUCGAAGUCGCCCUCAUUCUGAAUUCUACAGAAGUUCUAUCCUUGAUGUCUGGGAUUCUCUUAAUAUUAAUGAGGUGAAAAUAGUUCUGAGAAAAGCUGAUAAAGAUGUCCUCACCUUGAAGUUUGCAGCCACCAACACCAACAUCAGCAACUGGUUUUCUGGUCCCAAACUAAAAUUUGCUCCUUGGUCUGAUCUACCACCAGACAAUACAACAUACAAGAUGGAUAUUGUCUAUAACAUAACAAGUGAUGUUAAUUCACAUAACAACACUAACCAAGUUGACCAUGGUAACCAAGGUAACAGUACUAACAACAUUGACAACAGUAACCAAGGUAACAGCACUAACCAAGGUGACAACAAUAGAUAUGAUACGAAUAAAGUCAUGGAGAAUGGUAAAGUUGAGGCUAAGAAGGUGCAUGAUGAUGAUAAGGAUAAAGAAAAAUGUAAGGGUGAUGGGAAGGGUAAGGGCGAUUGUAAGGAUAAAGAUGAUAAGGACAAAGACAAGUGUAAGGGUGAAGGGAAGGGGAAGGGCGAUUGUAAGGAUAAAGAUGAUAAGGACAAAGACAAAUGUAAGGGUGAUCGGAAGGGUAAGGGCGAUUGUAAGGAUAAAGAUGAUAAGGACAAAGACAAGUGUAAGGGUGAAGGGAAGGGGAAGGGCGAUUGUAAGGAUAAAGAUGAUAAGGACAAAGACAAGUGUAAGGGUGAAGGGAAGGGGAAGGGCGAUUGUAAGGAUAAAGAUGAUAAGGACAAAGACAAGUGUAAGGGUGAAGGGAAGGGGAAGGGCGAUUGUAAGGAUAAAGAUGAUAAGGACAAAGACAAGUGUAAGGGUGAAGGGAAGGAUGAUAAGGACAAAGACAAGUGUAAGGGUGAAGGGAAGGGGAAGGGCGAUUGUAAGGAUAAAGAUGAUAAGGACAAAGACAAGUGUAAGGGUGAAGGGAAGGGGAAGGGCGAUUGUAAGGAUAAAGAUGAUAAGGACAAAGAGAAAUGUAAGGGUGACGGGAAGGGGAAGGGCGAUUGUAAGGAUAAAGAUGAUAAGGACAAAGACAAAUGUAAGGGUGAUGGGAAGGGUAAGGGCGAUUGUAAGGAUAAAGAUGAUAAGGACAAAGACAAGUGUAAGGGUGAAGGGAAGGGUAAGGGCGACUGUAAGGAUAAAGAUGAUAAGGACAAAGACAAAUGUAAGGGUGAAGGGAAGGGUAAGGGCGACUGUAAGGAUAAAGAUGAUAAGGACAAAGACAAAUGUAAGGGUGAUUGUAAGGAUGAAAAGAAGGACAGUGAUGAUGGUAAAGAUAAGUGCAAGAGCCAAGGAAAAGGCCAGAAUCAGUGCAACAAUACUAGUGAAGGCAACAUCAGUGAUGAAAGCCUCAACAGUAACCAUGGCAAUAACAGUAAGCAAGAAAACAACAGUAACAGCAGCAGCGACAUCAAUUCUGAAGUGAAACCCCUAAGUUUACAUAAAAACAACCCAAGGUGUGCUUUUUGUAUUUUUGUGGAUGAUUUCCGUAUUUGGUUGAUGGUUUCAAACACAAAGCCAAGCAACUGGACCACACUUUCACAUGACAACCAUCACUCAAUCUGGUAUUUAGAAGAAGGCAAAAAAGCUGAUGGCAAUCCUGAAGAUUAUUUGGUAAAAGCUGACAGCAUGACUAUCUAUGUUCAACUUUAGUGAAAUGGUACCUGCUGGAGCUGAUGGAAUGGCAAAUGAAGAAGAUAUGGAGGCCUACCAUUUCUGUCCCCCACCAUUGAACAUUCUCUUUCUCUCUCUCUCUCCAUAUACACACACACACACAUAUAUAUCUUUGCAUACAUGCAUAAAUGGGAAGAUACAAUCUCAUGCAUUUGUGUGUGUAUGUACAUUUGUAUGUAUGUAUAUGUGUGUGGCUUAGAAAGGUCUUUAGCCAUUAUUGACCCAAGCAUCCAUGUCUAAAUGACAGCAUAUGAGUCAUGUGUCAGGACUCAAACAAGGGGUCUGUUAUUCACAAAGACUACCCCAAGUGUCAGUGGUUUGAGGUUGGAUCUAAGAAUAGAUCCAGAACGAUCACAAUACGAUAUAUACCAUAUUAGUCUGUAAUAAACAAGGACAUCUAACAUAUGUUUUGUUACAGUUUAGAUUAU